AUAUAAUAAUUGUUUUUCAGUUUCACAAAAUAAAAAUCAAAAGUCACCAUACUCCACUCCAGUCAAACAAACAGAAAAUGGAAGAACUCUCACGAACUCUUCUCUGAAUCCCAAAACACAAUUGCUUCUUUCUUUCUCUUCUUCUCAAUUUCGAGUUCAACCGCACGCAAUUUCGGGUUUGUUGAAAGGGUUUAUGAUGGAAAACAACAACACUGUUAAUACUUCAGAAUCAAUUGAUAAAUCUAAGAUUGUAGAAGUGAAACCCUUGCGUAGUUUAGCUCCUGUAUUACCACCAAACAAUGUUCAAUCCUUUUUUAAUGCUCAAUACCCAAAUGGGUUUUCACCAUUUUGUUCAUUUGUCAAACCCCAACAAAUUCCUGUUACAAAAGAAACUGAGGAAAUUCCUGUUGAUUGCAAUGCAACAGUAGAUACUCCUGUUGUUCCGAAAGCGACACAAGAAACUCCUGUUGCUGCUAAGGUGACUCCAAUUAGGUCAUACAAGAGUUCACAUGAUGAAGAAGUGAAUGUGAAUCAUCAAGGUGAUGGAAAUGCUGGUUCUGCUUGGGAAAGGUUUAAUGGUGAUGAUUGGGGAGCGUGUAGUAGAAAGCGAGCUACACAGAAUAUAGAGAACUGUAAAGAGGUUCCUAAAAGGAAAAAGAAAAAGAAAACUCGGGAGCCAUCCGUUGGUGGUUCGAGUUCUUAUUUUGCUGCUUUCCCAUAUCUAAAAGAGGAUGGUAAUCGGGAAUCAGUUGAUUAUGUGCUUAUGACAUUUGAUUCGAUUCGAAGAAAGCUCUGUCAACUUGAAGAAUCGAAGGAAUUUAGCAAUGCACUUGCCAAGCAUCUUAGAGCAAGUAAUGCUUUGACGUGUCAUGGGGUUAAAACAAACACGAGGAGAAGAGCAGGAGCGGUCCCUGGGAUUGAGGUUGGGGAUAUUUUCUUUUUCCGAAUGGAAAUGUGUCUUGUGGGUUUACAUGGUCAAUCAAUGGGUGGAAUUGAUUACAUGAACAUCAAGGAUGGGUCUAAGGAGGAUACUAUGGCUUUGAGUGUUGUAUCGUCAGGAGUGUAUGGUGAUGAAUCAAAGGAUAAUGAUGUUUUAUAUUAUAGUGGUCAGGGUGAGAAUUUCAACAAGAAAGAUAAACAUGUGACUGAUCAGAAGCUUCAAAGGGGUAAUCUUGCUUUGGAAAGAAGUGCGCAACGGCAUGACGAAGUUAGAGUCAUUCGAGGCUUGAGAGAUACUGUGAAUAGAAGUGCAAAAAUCUAUAUGUAUGAUGGUUUGUAUAAAAUCGAAGAAUCUUGGCUCGAAACGGAGAAAUCUGGUGGUGGUGUGUUUAAAUAUAAGAUGGUAAGGUUGCCUGGUCAAAAAAGUGCUUUUGCUUCUUGGAUGUUGGCUCAAAAGUGGAAGGCAGAUUCCUCUUCCAGGAAUGGUUUUAUUCUUCCUGACCUCUCCAACAAAAUUGAAAGUAUACCAGUAUCACUUGUCAAUGAUGUUGAUCAUGAAAAGGGUCCUGCUUUUUUCACUUAUUUCAUGUCUCUCAAAAAUCCGAAACCUUUUGGUUUAGUGCAGCCUUCUUUUGGCUGCAAUUGUAAAGAUUGUAUCCCUGGUGAUUUGAACUGUUCAUGCAUUCAAAGAAAUGAUGGCGAUUUUGCUUAUACUGCAAAUAGUAUUCUAGUGAGUCGGAAGCCACUGAUUCAUGAAUGUGGCCCUAUGUGUCGGUGUUUUCCUAACUGCAAAAAUCGAGUAUCGCAGACAGGUUUAAAACAAUACAUGGAGGUGUUCAAAACAAAGGGUAGAGGUUGGGGGCUUCGAACACUGGAUCCUAUACGCGCUGGUACCUUUAUUUGUGAGUAUGCUGGAGAAGUUAUUGACAGAGAAAGGGCAUAUCAAAACAGGGAAGGAGAAAAUGAUGAAUAUGUUUUCGAUACAAGCCGUAUUUAUGUACCAUUCACGUGGAAUCAUGAUCCUAACUUAUUGAAAGAAGUAGUUUCAACUGUUUCAAGGGAGGAUUAUACUAUACCAUCUCCUCUAAUAAUAAGUGCUAAGAAUGUUGGAAAUGUGGCUAGGUUCAUGAACCAUAGUUGCUCCCCAAAUGUGUUUUGGCAGCCAGUUUUAUAUGGGGAAAAUAAUCAAUCCGUUCUCCACAUUGCAUUUUUUGCCCUUAGGCAUAUUCCUCCAAUGGCAGAGUUGACAUAUGAUUAUGGAGUUGUCCCUACUGGUCGUGGUGCACUCAGAAGCAGAAAGAAAUGCUUGUGUGGAUCGGAAAAUUGCCGUAGUUUCUUUGGUUGACAAUUUGUUGCAGUUGCUCACAGAAAGACAUCGUACUUGCAAGUCUAUUCAUGGAUAAAUGAGACAGAUGAGGAAGUUCAUUAUCAAGAGUCAAAUCCAGCUUGGAGGUUCCAACUUAGUGUCUGCUUGCUUUCAAAUAUCACUGUGAAGUAUAGAUAUUCUUGACUAAAAAAUGAUCAUGUAAGGGAAAAAUAUUGUUGACUUGAAUGGCCAUGAUGAAUGCUUGAAAGUAUCACUGACAUGCAGAUCUUUGUCUUGGAUUUGUUGCAAUGUUAAUAUUGAUUUGAAGGCUAAUCUUGGAUUUUACAUUUGGGAUUGGAGAAACAAAUUUGUUAAACCAAGAAUAUAUUCAUACUUGGGUUAUGUAGCAUACUAAUGGUAUUGUGCUAGAACUUUGCUAUUUAGGUAGUAUAUAGAGUGCAUUUGUUUGUCC